CGGACAGACAGCCAGACAGAACAGAGAGAGCUCUCAGCCCACAGGCACGGUGAGUGGGGGCGCUCCAUCUUCUCCACCUCCGACCCAGACUGGCUCCUCCCCAGGGGAUGCAGAGGCUCACGAUGCUGGUGGCUGCUUUGGGUGCCUACCUAGGCCUGCUGGUGACAGCAGCAGUGGCAGGCUCUAACCCUACCCAACCGGACACUCCUGGCAUGCUGCCUAUUCACCAGCGCCAGAAAAGAGCCUGGAUUUGGAACCAGAUGCACAUUGAGGAAGAGAAAAACUCCUCAUUGCCCCACCAUGUGGGCAAGAUCAAAUCUAGCGUGAAUCGCAAGAACACCAAGUAUGUGCUCCAAGGAGAUUCCGCUGGCAAGGUCUUCCGGGUCGAUGCAGAGACAGGGGACGUGUAUGCUUUUGAGAGACUGGACCGGGAGAAAGUCCCCGAAUACCAGCUCACUGCCCUCAUUGUAGACAAGGAAACCAACAAAAACCUGGAACCUCCUUCCAGCUUCACUAUCAAAGUUCAUGAUGUAAAUGACAACUGGCCUGUGUUCAUGCACCGGUUGUUCAACGCAUCUGUGCCUGAGAUGUCAGCUGUGGGAACCUCAGUCACGCGUGUGACGGCAGAGGAUGCAGAUGACCCCACGGUGUCAGACCAUGCCACCAUCACGUACCAAGUCCUGAAGGGGGAAGAGUAUUUUGCCAUCGAUAAUUCUGGACUCAUUUUCACCACAACCAAAAACUUGGACCGAGAGAAGCAGGCCAGGUACGAGAUCGUGGUAGAGGCCCGAGAUGCCCAGGGCCUCCAUGGAGAAUCAGGCACAGCCACUGUGCUAAUCACUCUGCAAGACGUCAAUGACAACUUCCCCAUCUUCACGCAGACCAAGUACACCUUUACGGUGCCUGAAGACAUCCGUGUGGGCAGCCCUCUGGGCUUUCUGUCUGUUCAUGACCCAGACGAGCCUCAGAACAGGAUGACCAAGUACAGCAUCGUGCAGGGCGAAUACAGGGACACCUUCACCAUCGAGACGGAUCCCACCCGCAACGAGGGCAUCAUCAAACCCAUGAAGCCCCUGGACUAUGAACUCAUCCGGCAGUACGUGUUCACCAUCGAGGCCACGGACCCCACCAUCAACCUCCGAUACCUGAGUGGCAUCUCGGGCAGCAACAAAGCCCGCGUCAUCAUCAACAUCACAGAUGUGGACGAGCCUCCCGUCUUCCAGCAACACUUCUACCACUUCCAGCUGCGGGAAAACCAGAAGAAACCUCUGAUUGGCUCCGUCAUGGCUGUAGAUCCCGAUGAGGCCCGGCGCAGCAUUGGAUACGCCAUCCGCAGGACCAGUGACAAAGGCCAAUUCUUCCGCAUAACCAAACAGGGGCACAUUUUCAAUGAGAAAGAAGUAGACAGAGAAACCUACCCCUGGUAUAACCUGACUGUGGAGGCCAAAGAACUGGAUUCUAGUGGGGUGCCCACAGGUAAAGAAUCCAUCGUGCAGGUCCACAUUGAAGUUUUAGAUGAGAAUGACAACGCUCCGAUGUUCGCCCAGCCCUAUGAGCCCAAAGUGUGUGAGAAUGUGGCCGCCGGCAAGCUGGUUGUGCAGAUCUCUGCAAUAGACAAGGACAUAACUCCACGGAACGUCAAGUUCAAAUACGCCCUGAGUACUGAGGACAGCAACUUCACCCUCACGGAUAAUCAUGAUAACACAGCCAAUGUCACAGUCAAGUAUGGGCAGUUUGACCGGGAACGUGCCAAGAUGCAUUACCUGCCCAUACUUAUCUCGGACAAUGGGAACCCGAGCCUGACCAGCACCAACAUGCUGUCCAUAACCGUGUGCAAGUGCAACGAGUGGGGAGAGUUCACCUUCUGUGAGGAGGCGGCCGCCCAGAUGGGCGUCAGCAUCCAGGCGCUGGUAGCCAUCUUCCUCUGCAUCCUCACCAUCACAGUGAUCACCCUGCUCAUCUUCCUGCGGAGGCGGCUCCGGAAGCAGGCCCGUGCUCACGGUAAGAGCGUGCCAGAGAUCCACGAGCAGCUGGUCACUUACGACGAAGAGGGCGGCGGCGAGAUGGACACCACCAGCUAUGACGUGUCAGUGCUGAACUCCGUGCGCCACGGCGGGACCAAGCCCCCACGGCCCGCGCUGGACGCCCAGCCGGCCGUCUACACCCAGGUGCAGAAGCCACCGCGGCUGGCUCCCGGGGGACACGGCGGGCCCGGGGAGAUGGCCACCAUGAUCGAGGUGAAGAAGGACGAGGCGGACCAGGAUGGCGGCGGGCCCCCCUACGACACGCUGCACAUCUAUGGCUAUGAGGGCUCCGAGUCCAUCGCCGAGUCGCUCAGCUCCCUGGGCACUGAUUCCUCUGACUCAGAUAUUGAUUACGACUUCCUCAAUGACUGGGGUCCCAGGUUCAAGAUGCUGGCSGAGCUCUACGGCUCCGACCCCCGCGAGCAGCUGGUGUAUUAGAGGUCAUAGCCCUCUGGUCCUGGGGACCCGAACCCACUGCAGCCCAGGCCGUUCAGACACCAGGCACCAAGCCUUCCAAGUGUGGCCCUGACUUUCCAGUCCAGCACCCUCUCUGGUGGGCACCAAAGACCUCACCAUCCCCAGGGUAGCAAACUCCAGGUCUCUGAAAUAUCUAGGAGCAUAUUUCAGUGAUGGCUACCCCCAAAUGCUGGGAAAGUCAGUUCUGGGCUUGGCCCCCAGACCACACAUCUAACCCAAAGACUUAUUCUGGCUCUGCAAAGCUGCCAAGCAAAGCAUAUCGAGCUCAAUAGCUGGGAGGUCUUCCCCAGAGGUCCCUGGGGAAGUGGGCUGGUGAGAUCCUGGUGACUGUCUGCCUGGUGACAGGGCUGGAUGGCAUGACCUGUGGGAUAAGACUCUCUGCAGCCCUGUUCCAAAGGAGACUAAGCCUGUCCAUCAUGCCUGCCCUCACCUGCCUGCUGUGACUCCCUCAUGCCUUCUCAGUGCCCCACCAUUCCCCAGCCCCUCCCCAGGCCUGACAAGAGGAAAGAAGGGGCCACCUGGCAGCUCCUGACCUUGGGUUGAGGUGACCUCACUGGCCUGCCACUCCAGUAACUGUGCUGUACAGAGCAUUGACCCGGUCAGCCAAAUUCAGGGAAGUGGCUUGUUGAACCUGAAGCAACUGUGAAUUCAUCCUGGAGAGACAGUGAAGACUAAGAGUGACAGAUCAUAGGGUGAGGGCCACCUCCAUUUACCCACCAUCUCCGGAGGGCAUCUGGUGUAGGUGAUACCCCAACUUGACACUCAUCCACACCCACCCAGGCUUGCCUGUGAGGGGGCAGAUGUUUCUGGAGCCUACGAGCUCUUCCUGUCACUGCCUCAACAGGUCACACCGAGUUCCCCCUUUAUUUUCUCCGUCUACUUAUCUCUUGAUUUAGAGGCAACCAAGAUGUGGCCCUCAACAAGUCUGGCCAAUGUCCAAACCCAAAUGUGAGUGUAUGACAGAGCCAUGCCAUUUGCCUUUACGCUUCGUGGUUGCCACAUCUCAGGGAACUGACCCCCAGGCACACCCUGCGGAAGGCGAGGCCCCUGCCCUGCCCGAGCUUGGCAGCACCUGUGCAUUGCCCACUUUAAGCUGCGUGUGGAACUUUUCACUGCAAACAUGCCUUGUGGAAGUGGCGUUCAGAUGAGGAGAGGGACAAGGGAGGACACAAGCUCUCCAGCCCACCCUUCAUCACAGAUCAAGCCUCCUUCCCCUGCAAGGCCCCUCACACUGCCAGGCACUGUAGGUAACACUGACGUCUUUUUAAACCAAUGAUUAAUUUUUCAUAAUUAUUUUACUAAUAAUACUUACAAGUUCGUAGCCCUCACAAACAUAUAGAAUAGGGUUGUUGCAUAAUAAGCAGGUCGCUAUUUAGGUUAACAAUUUUAAUUCAGGAUUUUUAGUUGAAUAAACAAUUCUUGUAACCUUC